CUCACACUAAGGGAGAUCGCCGUUGAACAGAAUUUUCAAACGGAGCAGGUGAACCCUAACUAUGUCCCACCAUAUUCCACCGGAAAUCGUGAUCGAAAUCCUAAUUCGAGCUCCGGUGCAGACUCUUAUACGCUGCAGGUCGGUGUCGAAACAAUGGCGUGCCACAAUUGACGAUCCUGAUUUCAUCAAACGCCAAAUAAAUCACUCCUUCAAGACCAGCACCAAUAACACCCUCUUCAUCAAAGAAGAAUACGGCCAACAAUUCUUCGAUUACGACUUCGAUUGUUCGGGUUCCUGCGUGUCUAUGGAAUUCCGUGACCUACCAAAUAGUUCCCUGACUCGUUCCUUUUCAAUAGUGGGCUCUUCCAAUGGUUUGAUAUGCUUGAGGAACGAAAGCAACGAUGAUAUUCUCAUAGUGAACCCGUCGACGCGAAAACAUCAGUGGAUGCCAGGUCUUUUGCCUCUUAAAUUCCAUAGUUGUGUUAAUUUGACCUGGGAUGGUACUGGUUUUCGUGGGUCAGGAUAUGGGUUCGGGUAUGAUCGUGUAUCUGAUGAUUAUAAGAUUGUGAGGAUUGCACAAGUGCAUAAUCCUGCUAAUGAUGGGUUCUUGGAAUCUGAAGUGCUGAUUUGUAAAGUGAAAACCAAAAUUGUGAGAGCAGUUAAAAUACCUUUUGUAGUUCCUACUAGUCAUAGGAUGGCUGUGCUUGUUAAUGAGGCUCUGCAUUGGAUAGCUUUUAGAUAUGAUGAUCCAAGGGUUUCGGAUGUAAUUGUAGUUUAUGAUCUGGUGACAGAUGAAUUUCGCGAGUAUCCACUGCCUAAGCUUGUUGAUGAUAAUAGGUUUGGAAUGGAUUUUGGUUUAUUAGGAACACGGUUAUGCUUAUUUGUUGACCAUGAAGAUGACGGUGUUGACGCUGUUUGGGUGAUGAAAGAAUAUGGGGUUAAGGAAUCUUGGACUGAACUCUUUUCAAUUUCAUAUACUGAAUUGAAAUAUGCCUAUGUGAGACCUUUGGGUUUUUCAAAGAGAAGGUUGGAAGUUUUGUUGGAGUUGGAUGGAAACAGACUUGUUUGGUAUGACAUAGAGAAGAAAAAAGCUGAACACUUUGUGCUUCAUGGGUUGCAAAUGACACAUUUUACAGCGACUAUUCUUUUGAGAAGCCUUGCACCAGUUCCAGCUGAUACAAAUUGAGGAAUGGAUGAGAAGCACGAGCAUCCAAAGAGAAAAAAAAAAAAAAGACUAGGAGGAAGAGGAGGUAAAUAUUAAACUUAGCUUGACGCUAUUCAACUUAUGCUUGCUAUAAACACUAAUUUUUAAUUUUGCUAUAAACACUAGUUAGCAUCUUUAGCUACAGGUUUCUGAAAUUAGUAAAUUCUCAUUUUGAAGUUGAUACUUGUUCUUUUUAGUGAGGAUUUUCUGUCAACUGGUUUCAAGCUAAAACUGUAAUUGAAAAGAAGCAAAAUAUGGUCAAGGGUAAUUAGGUAAUGAGAGUUUUAUGCUAUGCCAUUCAGAUGCCUAUUGUUGUUCACUUUUGCUAUACUAUUUCAAUUAAACCAUAUUAGGUAGUAGUUUAUUGGUGC